AUCUUCUGGAGUUCUCAGAGGAUGCAUCUGGUGUGCCUGAAGGCAAUAAGAAAUCCACAAAUAAACAAGGUGAUAAAUCUAAGGAAAACACCAGGAAGAUUUUUAGUGGGCCAAAGCGGUCUCCCACAAAGGCUGUAUAUAAUGCUAGACACUGGAACCAGCCAGAAUCAGAGGCUCUGUCCGCACCACCGACAUUGAAAACUCCCAGUGUCCCAGUAAGGCUAUCUUCAAAGGAGGCAAUUCAUAAAGAUGAUGGAGUUUUUAAGGCUCCUGCACCACCUCCCAAAGUGAUAAAAACUGUGACAAUACCUACUCAGCCCUAUCAAGAGAUAGUAACUGCAUUGAAAUGUAGGAAAGAAGACAAAGAAUUAUACACUGUUGUUCAGCAUGUAAAGCACUUCAACGAUGUAGUGGAAUUUGGUGAAAAUCAAGAGUUCACAGAUGAUAUUGAGUACUUGCUAAGUGGAUUGAAGAGCAAUCAGCCCCUAAACACACGUUGCCUUAGUGUAAUCAGCCUGGCGACAAAGUGCGCCAUGCCCAGCUUCCGAAUGCAUCUGAGAGCGCAUGGGAUGGUAGCCAUGGUUUUCAAAACACUGGAUGAUUCCCAGCACCAUCAGAAUUUGUCCCUUUGCACAGCAGCUCUAAUGUACAUCCUGAGUAGAGAUCGUUUGAACAUGGAUUUAGACAGAGCUAGUCUAGAUCUGAUGAUUCGGCUUUUGGAAUUGGAGCAAGAUGCUUCUUCUGCCAAGCUGCUGAAUGAAAAAGACAUGAAUAAAAUUAAGGAAAAAAUUCGAAGGCUCUGUGAAACUGUUCACAACAAACAUCUUGAUCUCGAAAACAUCACGACCGGGCAUUUGGCAAUGGAGACAUUGCUGUCUCUCACCUCCAAACGAGCUGGGGACUGGUUUAAAGAAGAACUACGACUUCUAGGUGGUCUUGAUCAUAUUGUAGAUAAAGUCAAAGAAUGUGUGGAUCACCUAAGCAGUGAUGAAAAUGAAGAGAAAUUGGUUGCUUCGUUAUGGGGUGCAGAAAGAUGUUUACGGGUCUUGGAAAGUGUCACUGUGCACAACCCAGAAAACCAGAGCUAUCUGAUAGCGUACAAAGACUCACAACUCAUAGUCUCCUCAGCUAAAGCACUGCAGCAUUGUGAGGAGUUAAUCCAGCGGUAUAAUCGUGCUGAAGACAGUAUCUGUUUACCAGACAAUAAGCCUCUGCCUCACCAGAAUGUAACCAACCACGUGGGUAAAGCAGUAGAAGACUGCAUGAGGGCCAUCAUUGGUGUCUUGCUCAACCUAACAAAUGAUAACGAAUGGGGUAGUACAAAAACAGGUGAACAAGAUGGUCUGAUAGGCACAGCUAUGAAUUGUGUGCUUCAGGUUCCAAAGUUCCUACCUCAAGAACAGAGAUUUGAUAUUCGGGUGCUGGGAUUGGGUCUGUUGAUCAAUCUGGUAGAGUACAGUGCUCGGAACAGGCACUGUCUUGUCAAUAUGGAAACAUCCUGUUCUUUUGACUCCUUCUGUACGGGAGAAGGAGAUGAGAGCCUAAAGAUAACGGGACAGAUUGAUGCUGUUCAGGCUUUAGUGCAGCUGUUUCUCGAGCGUGAGCGAGCGGCGCAGCUGGCCGAGAGCCAGACGGAUGAGCUGAUUAAAGAAGCUCCUACUGCUCAGCAUGAUAAGAGUGGGGAAUGGCAAGAGACCAGUGGGGAGAUUCAGUGGGUCUCCACAGAAAAGCCAGAUAGUACUGAAGAGAAGGAUAAGAAGGAAGAAGAUGAUGAAGAACUUGAUCUUAACAAAGCUCUUCAGCACGCUGGGAAGCACAUGGAAGACUGCAUUGUGGCCUCGUACACAGCAUUGCUUCUAGGCUGUCUCUGCCAAGAGAGUCCAAUCAAUGUGACUACUGUGAGAGAGUACUUACCUGAAGGGGACUUCUCGAUAAUGACUGAAAUGCUCAAAAAGUUUCUCAGUUUUAUGAAUCUUACUUGUGCUGUUGGAACAACAGGCCAGAAAUCUAUCUCUAGGGUGAUUGAAUACUUGGAACACUGCUAGAUACUUAACUUCCGCUGCAGGCACUCUAAUGCUGGAGCUACCCUUAGACAAAAGAAGAAGUCAUGAAAGAAGUCCUUGAAGGAUAUACCAAGAGCAUUCAUCUGUGUCAUUCGUGUUCGGAUUUUUAAGGCUACCUGGUCUCUUAACCAUGCAUUCAGCAUUUUCUAAAAGACAGUUACUACAUCAAUCUGCAACUAUCAAAAAUGAGGGGAAAAAGGUUCUGAGGAAAAUAAAGAAAGAACCCAUGCUGUUUAUGAUGCAGUGCAGUAUUUCAAUAUUUUUUGGCAGGGUUUACCCUCCCUAUCUCUUUUUCUUGCUUUGUUCGUGACGAGUUUCAAGAGGAAAAUCUUGCUGCUGAUAGUGCAACUGCUGUUUACUGUUGAGCCACUGUUUCAUGCCAGCCAGGUGCAAAGGCAGCUUAGCUACUGAGGUAUCAAACAAAUGUUCUAAUAAAGAAGUUCUGGACAGCAGCACCGCUCCUAUUUGAGUUUAAUUUGCUCGUGCUUUUUUAUUACUAGAUUAUUCCAAAAUCAUAAAAUAUAAAUUUUUAAAUACUUUUGUGAUUUUAACUACUGUCUAUAUUUAAAAUUUGUUGGAAUCCAAAGAGGCGAGGAUUGGAUAGUUUAUUUUUUAUACUGUUUUGAUUGAAAUUAGGUUGCUGAACUAUUUCUCAGUUCUAAAAUUGUCACGGCCCAUGUACUGUAAGCUGAUAGACCAUAACACUUUGUAGUUCCAAGAAGCAUGCAAACCCAUGAACACACGAAGCCAUUUUGAGGGUAUGUUAUCCACAAAAGAAAUAAUAACUGUAAGAAGUUGUGCCCUGUU